AUGCUAAUGGUUGCUCUUGAUGCUACAUCGUUAGCAGUCGCAUUGCCUGUAAUUACAAAAGCUCUUACAGGUUCUGCCGUGGAGGCUUUCUGGAGCGGCACGUCGUUUCUUCUUGCAUCGACUAUAUUUCAGCCAAUACUGGGAUCCUUCUCAAACGUCUUUGGGAGAAAACCGAUUAUUAAUGUUAGCCUGGCCCUUUUCUUAAUCGGCUCGAUUGUUAUUGCGGUUGCCACAAAUUUUACAAUCGUACUGGUAGGAAGAACCAUCCAAGGUGCAGGUGGAGGUGGUAUCCAGUGCCUAACGGCCUUGAUAGUCGUGGACAAGAUUCCUCUUAAAGAACGCGGGAAAUGGUUCAGCGUGCUUGGAGCCAUGUGGUCCAUUGGCACCGUCACAGGUCCUUUACUUGGCGGAGGCUUAGCCAAAGAAGCCUUGUGGCGCUGGAUUUUCUGGAUCAACAUUCCAUUCAUCUGUAUUGGCGGAAUAUCUAUCGCAAUAUUUUUGAAGUUCGACAAGACCAAUGUGGCUCUUAUCGCAAAGAUGAAGGAAUUAGACUGGGUCGGAAUGAGUCUCUUCCUUACAUCGACAACAGGAUUUCUUAUCCCCAUCACCCGAGGUGGUGUCGAAUGCCCCUGGAACUCAUGGCGUACGCUUGUACCACUCUUCAUCUGCACUGCUGGACUGAUGGUGUUUGCCUUGCACCAGGAGUAUGUGGCCAAAAACCCGUUCAUUCCUAUUGGUAUCUUCAAAAACCGGUCUGCAUCAAUCAUGUACGUGCAAACAACCAUAUAUGGCAUCAUUCUAUCAAUGGGGAUGUUUUACCUCCCACUCUAUUUCGAGGCAGCGAAGAACAUGUCGCCCGUCAUGGCCGGUGUUGGCAUGUUUCCAUGGACCUUCACGUUAGCUCCAACUGCAAUGGUUGUUGGAAUCGCUAUAUCGAAGACGGGAGUAUACCGAUGGGCGAAUUGGCUAGGUUGGUGUCUUGUGGUGGUCAGCAUGAGCCUCCUUGUGCUGCUCGAAUCCGACACAUCAACAGCCGCGUGGGUGUCAAUAAGUCUUGUUGGUGGUAUUGGACUCGGUGCGCUCUAUCCGGCCAUGAUUCUCGGUGUCCAGGCCUCUACAACGGUGGAAAACCAGGCCUCUGCAACAAACAUGUUCACAUUCUUGAGAGCUCUUGGUCAAACCCUAGGAGUCGCAAUUGGCGGAGUAGUUUUCCAAAACAUGAUUGAGAAGAGAAUGUUGUCAAAGCCACUCUUGGCUAGGAAAGCCAAGGAAUACUCCAAAGAUGCAAUAGGCUUGGUACAGGUCAUCAAAGCUAUGCCGAAGAACGAUGCAAAGGAGCAAUUGAUCGAGAGCUUCACUUACGCACUUAGGUAUAUCUGGGUCGUAGCGGCAUCGAUCGCAGGGAUUGCAUUACUCGCGAGCAUCUUCAUCGAGGCGUAUCAGUUGAGCAACCCACUCGAGGCGGACAAGACCACCGAAGAAGAUAAAAAUUAGAACUAGCGGAAAAUAGUGGAGGUGGAUCAUCCCAAUAAAGUACUUAUGAAUUUGGAAGCAGCAACAUGUCGUUUGGACAGUUCAAGAAGCAGCAGCAC